AGGAGCAGAUGCCAGCAUUAUUGGAAAGAAUUAUUUUGUUGAGAGUGGAAGUGCAAUUUAUAAUAAUGAUGAAGCCAUUGAUUUUAGUGAAUAUAGUACAGUAUUAAGCAGUGAUGCAGUUAGUCUGGAAAAAAUUCGUGAAGAGGAAAUAACUGUUUAUGAGAAAAAAUUAAGUAGUGAAACAUCAUCAAUGUUUCAUCGCUUUAUACUUAGAA